GGAGAAGAGCAAAUAAUUGUAUCAGUCUUCACUCGUUUGUUUCAUUAAGAGUAGCUAAAUAAAUUCAAAGCAAAAAUAUAUAUUUCUAGAAUUAAGAAGCUUAUGACUAUCGCAAAAGUUAUUACUCUUUUGAUUUAUUUUGGCUUUUCGGCAGUUGAAAGCAUUAAGUGGAUUCCUCUGGAUGAUUCAAAGGCAAUGCGAAGCACUUUGCCCACGGGCAGAGAAUGUGGGAAAAUUCCACUAAAUCUACGUAUUUUUGGUGGUAGUGAGACACUUAUUGAUGAGUUUCCUUGGACUGUAAUGCUUGUAUAUGAAAACAAAGAUUACAUCAAGGGCUCAUAUUGUAGCGGUUCGCUUAUUAAUAAAUAUUUCGUACUAACCGCAGCGAAUUGUGUCGAUGACAAUCUGAACCGCAAAAUGGGUUGGUUUUUCCUCGAAGUCCGCCUGGGCGAAUGGGAUGUAACUAUGAGUGAGGAUUGUGAACGUGCCGGUAAACGUGAGGCCUUUUGUGCACCACCACCCAUCACUAGAAAAUUGGCAAACAAAAUUAUUCAUCCAGAUUUUGAUAUAGAACAGCAAUCCAAUAAUAUUGCUCUCUUACAGCUUAUACAAAGAGUUGAAUAUACGGAUUUUAUUAGUCCCAUAUGCUUGCCAUUGGCACACAAUCAGGACUUAUUAGGUUACGCUAAUGCUAAUGCAGAAGUUACCGGUUGGGGCAAAACAAAUUUUGCUCGAAGUAGUCCAGUUAAAAUGAAGGCAACUGUACAAAUUCGCAAUCUCGUUGAGUGUGUGGUGCGAAUGAAACAUUUGGGUGUGGAUUAUGGCAUUAUAUAUUCAUCGAAUCGGCAAUCUUGCGCAAUGGGCGAGGACACAAAUGCCUGUAAAGGUGAUACCGGUGGACCGCUGAUGAGUCGUGAUACACAGAAUAAUAUAGAAUCUUAUUAUUUGAUUGGCAUAACGUCGUUUGGCUUCGAUACGAAGACAUGCACGGCGAAGGGCUUUCCGAGUAUUUUCACACGCGUUGUACCGUAUCUACUAUGGAUUAAAGAGACUAUCUCCAGUUCUUAACUGCUAUUGAAGUAUACAGAUAUAAACUUAAUCACAUUGGCUUGACUUCUAACAGUCCAAAAUACCAUAUAAUAGUUUUAUCAGUACAAUAUAGUUCUUUAAAUAUUGUUCAUAAUGGAUUUUGGAUGCUCUUAAAAAUAUAUUUUGGCGGCUCUGCAUUUUCUAACGACUGUGCGUGCUUUUGCCAGCACGAUCACUC